AUGCUUUAGGUUUAGGGUUGUUCUAGAAGGGGAUAAUAAGUGCGUGUGGCAGUUGGUUGAUGAAAUUUUUUUGGUUGAUUUCGUUGGUGGUAGGGCACUACUGAGGGUUAGGUUGUUGCUAUCCCUUGCUGUUUUUUUUUCUUGCGAGCUCAUUAUCCAUCGUCAGAUGCCGGCGCUCGGCGUGUGCGUCUUGAAGCCGUCGCGAGCGAUGGCACAUGCACCGCAGGCAUCAUACCUAGUGGAAAUGCUGAAAUGGAGCAAAUCAUUGCCAUCGACGAUGUAGCAUGGGUGGCAGCCGACGCCCGGCGAGGGUGGCUCACUUCAUAAGUUGUUGUUCAUCAGCUAUCUCACUUCAUACUGUAUAAGGGACUGUUUUUUGGUUGAUUUUUAUUUUAUCUUGGGAUGAGUUGUUUAGGAUUUGGUAGAUAAUUGCUGCUUGAUUAAUGUUUCAUUUUUUAAGAUAAGUUUACUGAUGAUCUCAUUGUUGCCAUGUUAGGUGUAAUGGAUAAUUUGGAUGUACUUUGUAUCCGGUUUCACUUUGGUGGGGAAUUUGAUUAUGAUGGAUAUUCUGUGGUUUAUAAUGGUGGUCAAACUGAGAUGUCAUACAUAGAGAGGGACAAGGUGGCAUUGCCAGAGAUCAGAGGAUACCUUGGAGACCAUGUUUCACUAAGUGAAGAAGAUGAAGUGAUUUUCCAUUGGUUAUUUCCGGGUGCUGAACUAAACAAUGGCCUGAAAGCACUAUCAGAUGAUAAGGAAUGCUUAUAUAUGGCUCAAUGCAUAAUCAUGGGUGAUGUAGCUGAAAUAUAUGCUGAAAUACUCAAGCACAACGAAGAUGAUAAUGUUGUGCUUAGCAAUGGAGUCAGUGAUGACAGUGAUGUUGAAGAUGACAUUGAGGAAGAAUAUGACAGUCAUAGUGAUGCUGAAGAUUCUAGUGAAACAGAUGGUAUAGCUGAAGAUGAUGAGGAGAGAUCUGAAGAUGAUGAGGAAGCACAAGAAAAUAGAGAGCAUGCCAACAAGGUUAAGAAGAAUCCAUGUGCCACUAUUACUGUAACCAGUGACAACGUUGUUCUUGUCAGUGACUCACCAAAUAAACAAGAUGAUAAGGGACUGGAUGAUGACACUGAUACACCAUUUCUGGACUCAAGUGAAGAAGCCUCUUAUGAUGAUGCAGAAGAUGGUGAAGCAAUAAGAAGGAAGAGUAGAUUUCCAAAGUAUGAUAGCAAAGCACACACACCUAAGUUUGAAAUAGGCAUGACAUUUGCAGGAAGAGCAAAGUUUAAGGAAGCAGUAAUCAAGUAUGGUCUUGUAACCAACAGGCAUAUCAGAUUCCCCAAGGAUGAAGCUAAGAAGAUCAGAGCUAGAUGUUCAUGGAAAGAUUGUCCAUGGUUCAUAUUUGCCUCAAAUGGAACAAACUGUGAUUGGUUUCAGGUGAAAACCUUCAAUGAUGUGCACAAUUGCCCUAAGAGAAGAGAUAACAGAUUGGUUACUAGCCGAAGAAUUGCUGAUAAGUACGAGCACAUCAUCAAGUCUAAUCCAUCAUGGAAACUGCAAAGUUUGAAGAAGACAGUGAGGCUGGAUAUGUUUGCUGAUGUGUCCAUCUCGAAAGUUAAGAGAGCUAAGGGUAUUGUCAUGAGAAGGAUUUAUGAUGCAUGUAGAGGUGAGUACUCUAAAGUGUUUGAGUACCAAGCAGAAAUUCUUAGGAGUAAUCCUGGUAGCACGGUGGCUAUUUGUUUGGAUCAUGAAUACAAUUGGCCGGUUUUCCAGAGAAUGUAUGUAUGUUUUGAUGCUUGCAAGAAAGGUUUUUUAGCUGGAUGCAGAAAAGUUAUAGGACUAGAUGGUUGUUUUUUCAAAGGUGCUUGCAAUGGUGAGCUGCUAUGUGCAUUAGGAAGAGACCCCAACAACCAAAUGUAUCCAAUAGCAUGGGCAGUAGUCGAGAAAGAGACAAAAGACACUUGGAGUUGGUUUAUUGGACUACUUCAAAAAGAUCUGAAUAUUGAUCCUCAUGGAGCUGGUUGGGUUAUUAUUUCUGAUCAACAAAAGGGACUUGUAAGUGCAGUUGAGGAAUUUUUGCCACAAAUUGAGCACAGGAUGUGCACUAGACACAUCUAUGCUAAUUGGAGGAAGAAGUAUAGGGAUCAAGCAUUCCAGAAGCCAUUUUGGAAGUGUGCCAAGGCAUCUUGUAGACCAUUUUUCAACUUUUGUAGAGCCAAGCUUGCACAGCUAACUCCUGCUGGUGCCAAGGACAUGAUGAGCACUGAACCUAUGCACUGGAGUAGAGCUUGGUUUAGGAUAGGGUCCAAUUGUGAUAGUGUAGACAACAAUAUGUGUGAGAGCUUCAAUAAUUGGAUAAUUGACAUCAGGGCACAUCCAAUCAUAUCUAUGUUUGAGGGCAUAAGGACCAAGGUUUAUGUCAGGAUACAACAGAACAGGAGCAAAGCAAAAGGAUGGCUAGGUAGGAUAUGUCCAAAUAUCUUGAAGAAGUUGAACAAGUACAUUGACUUAUCUGGAAACUGUGAAGCCAUUUGGAAUGGAAAAGAUGGAUUUGAGGUCACUGAUAAGGAUAAGAGAUACACAGUUGACCUUGAGAAGAGAACAUGUUCCUGUAGGUAUUGGCAAUUGGCAGGUAUUCCUUGUGCACAUGCUAUUACUGCAUUAUUUGUGAGCUCAAAGCAACCUGAAGAUUACAUAGCAGAUUGCUACAGUGUUGAGGUGUAUAACAAAAUAUAUGACCAUUGCAUGAUGCCAAUGGAGGGUAUGAUGCAGUGGCCAAUUACUGGUCAUCCAAAGCCAGGACCACCAGGUUAUGUCAAGAUGCCAGGAAGGCCACGGAAAGAGAGGAGGAGGGAUCCAUUGGAAGCAAAAAAAGGGAAGAAGUUAUCCAAAACUGGCACUAAAGGAAGAUGUAGCCAGUGCAAGCAAACUACCCAUAACAUUAGAACAUGUCCGAUGAAAGGAAAUUCAGGAAAAAAGAUAUCAGUACAAGAGAGAGCAAGAGAGGUUCAGGAAUGUAGCAGGCCGCAGAAAAGGUUUAGGCCAUCUGUAGCUGCAGGAACUUCGCAGCAAAAAGUUCAUAUUGAUUUGCCAUCCCAGAGCAGCAGCUUGUCAAUAACAAAGAAGGGACAAACGAUGAAAGUUGCAAGAACAAACACAACAAAGAAGUGAAGAUUUGGUUGCAUAUGGCGUGUUGUUUUUAUGGAAUACUUUACAUAUUUUUCAAUAAAGUACUUGUCAAAUAUUUGGUGGAAAUGGUAGGUGUAAUGUAAGGUAGAUUGAGUUUAAGUUAUUGAAUCUGGUUAGGGUGAACAAAUUUUGGUAUUACCUUUCAGUCUAACUUGUUAUAAAUAGUCUGAAUGUCAACUCGUUAAUUUAGCAUGUAGGCUGGUGUGCUUCCUUGCUCCUGCUACCUUGCUGCUAUCUUCCAGUAGUCUCAAAACUGACAUAUGAAAAAUCCUCACGUCAUCACUUUCCACGUCAAGUGCAAAUUUCCUUGUAGCCUCAUCACCUGGCAAGUAAAACCUGGCUACAAGUGAAAAUUCUCCACGUUGGAUCCAACCUAGUAAGCAAAACCACCUAAUCCAUGUGCCACAUCAGCAAAGCGGUUUGCAUUAAAUUAGAAAGGUGAAUAGUGAUCCGGUUUUGGGAACCUAGGGGGUUAAGUAAACCAAAUUAAAGGUUAGGGGGUUAUUUGCUCCAGGGUCAUACUU